GAGCCUUUCCUCUCAUUCUCUUCGGCGCCAUGUCUCCUCUGCUCUCCCUCUCUCUGUCUCUGUUCUCCUCUCCCGCCCUGUAGGAAUCUCAGUUGCUGGAGAAUGCCUGCGACGCCUGACGGAGCUUCCGAUUCACAUCUCAUGUUUCGGGGAAUUUCUGGAAUUUUGGUGUCUGUCAAGCGUGACUUGGGAGGUGGGUGGAGCGACGCGGAUCGAAUGCUGUAGUCUCUGGAAUCGAGGGUAAAAGCAGUCGGAUUCGGAGGGUGAUGAUCGCAUUAGUAGCCUGUGAUUUAACUGCGAGUUUCUCCCCAUUGAGGACGGUGGGUAGAAGGGUAUUCGAAGGUUUAGGAGUUGGGUGUGCGGGAUGAGUGGUAAUGCACAAGGCAGGAUGAUAGAGCAGUGAUCUGUUGUAGCGGCUGCUGCUGAAGAAACUCGUCUCCGGUUUGCACUGGUAGCUGUAUUGCUGUAUCCCGGACCCUUGGACGGCUUUCGAGAUGGGCUCUGAUGCUGAUGCGAAGCUUGUGCGCCAGGAAAGUCAAGGAGCGGAGAAUGGGAACAAGGGUGAGAAGCGAUGGUCUUUGACGGACUUCGACAUUGGAAAACCGCUUGGCAGGGGCAAGUUUGGGAACGUUUACCUGGCUCGCGAGAAACAGAGCAAGUAUGUAGUCGCAUUGAAAGUUCUCUUCAAGAAUCAGCUCCAGCAAUCCCAAGUUGAGCACCAACUGCGUCGAGAGAUUGAAAUUCAGUCUCACCUUCGCCAUCCCAACAUCCUUCGCCUUUACGGAUACUUCUACGAUCAGGCGCGAGUGUAUUUGAUUCUCGAGUACGCCGCCAAGGGUGAGCUAUACAAGGAGCUUCAAAGGUGCAAGGUCUUCAGCGAGAAGAGAGCAGCAACAUAUGUCGCCUCACUUGCCCGUGCAUUGAUGUAUUGUCAUGAGAAGCAUGUCAUUCAUCGCGACAUCAAGCCUGAGAACCUAUUGAUAGGACUGAAGGGUGAGUUGAAAAUUGCCGACUUUGGCUGGUCUGUCCACACCUGCAACAGACGCAGGACGCUCUGUGGAACCUUGGACUAUCUGCCUCCAGAAAUGGUGGAGGGGAAGGAGCACGACGCCGGCGUAGAUGUGUGGAGCCUGGGGAUCCUUUGCUUCGAGUUCUUAUACGGUACCCCACCUUUUGAGGCGAAGAAGCAUUCAGAUACAUACAAGCGAAUUGUUCGCGUUGAUCUAAGGUUCCCCUCCAAGCCUGUCAUUUCUACAUCAGCCCGAGAUUUGAUCUGCCAGCUCUUGGUGAAAGACUCUGCCCAACGGUUGCCUCUCAACAAAGUACUCUCGCAUCCAUGGAUUGUCAAUAAUGCUGACCCCAGUGGGGUUUAUAACGGCCAUAAUUGAUCAAACCUACCAGAAUUGGGUUACAACCUCUGUCACCUAUCCUGUCAGUGGAUUCUGAGCGUCCGUUCUAAGCGUGCGCAUGGCACUGCAGGAAAAUAUUUAGGUUGCGACCAUCUCUCCGAAUGGUUUGAUAUUGCUUCCUGCGAAGAGAAAGCUAGUAGCAUUAGUUUGCAGGAGGUUGCGAAGACGAAGAACUUCUCGUAAUUUUCCAUGAGCAUGUGAGCAGUACCCCAAACCUGACGGCCGUACCUAAUCUUGCUGAUCGUAAUAGCACAAAUACGUAGUAGAGCCAAGUUUGGAGAUAGUUGCCACGUAUAUUCUUUGUAACAUACCCCCAAUUCAAAAGGAGUUGGUUUAUAUUUCCUCUGAAAUCUCAAAUUCGGUGUGCGCCCC